UUUGCGACGUGGUCGGAUAUUCAGAGAAAUUUGACCAAGAGUGGGACUACGAGCACGCAACUGACGCCAUCGCCAACGGCUACCGGGAUGGCAAGCGCGGUGCGUACGGGCGAUGCUGCAGCGGGGAAUGGUGGGAGGGGAGGGUGGAAAAUUAAUGUGUUGUUGGCUGGUAUCUUCGCCCUUGGAUUUUGAUCUACAUUCAGUUACGAAAAAGCGAAAUAACCGACGCGCUCGUUUGUAUGGCCUUGCUGGAGGUGUAACGACUGAAAGUAGGGGGUAUAUCUCGACCAAGAAACAACAAGUCAGAAAACCAAUCUUAAAAAUGGGAAGAAUAGGCGAAGGGAGUAGAGGUGAUAAAACAGCAUGUACUUUAAAUAUCAAGAUUGGUUUAGAACAAAGUAUAAAGCUGAAGGCGAUUGUGGGUGGCCUGGGUAAUUCGUAAUGGCAGUUGAGCUUUCAAGAGUUGGUGGAGCUGGCAUGGUAACUAAAUUUUGCAAUUGAGGGGUGUAAAUUGUAGCCACCCGCCAUCCCAGGUAGUGUGUUUUCGGAUAGGCUUUGUAUUUGAGCUUGAUACGCAGUAGGUCUCUCUGCUC